AAACGUGUGAAGUUAUCGUCGGAUCGGAUGAUGAAUACAAAAUGUCGAUGAUUUAUGGUACAAUUCCUUGUUACUAUCGAGAGGUGUAUCAGCUCUUGAGUUCAGAUGGGUCAACGAAAAUUGACAAGGAUGUCUUAAUGAAAGUUUUAACUAAAUCUGGUUUGCCUGCGACCUCUCUUGCACUGAUUUACGAAAGUGCAGAUGCAAGUCAUGAAGGUUCAGUGGGUCGAGAUGGUCUUUACAAAGUCCUUGCUUUGACAGCUCUGGUACAACAGGGAAAACCUGUGAAUGAAAAACUCUUGGAGGGAUAUAUUGGAAUGGAGCUACCAAAACCAGAUUUGGGGGAGAUUGAUGAUAUGAAAGCUAGCAAGAUUGAAGUUACAAGAAAAAAGAAUCCUGCCAUUCUUGGACUUAAGUAUGAGCAAUUGUUGGCAUUGGAUGCGAUUUCUGUGGAACUCGUUCCAGAGAAAAAAGGCAUUCUUCUUAAGCAUAAUGAAUAUAGUAUUCAUAGUCAGAGACAUAAUACAACAGUUCAUAGACGUUACAAGGAUUUUGAAGCGCUGUUUGAUCUAUUGCUUGCUCGUUUUCCCUACCGUAUGGUACCCAAACUUCCGCCAAAAAAGGCUGUUGGAGCCACUAAAGAGUUCAUUGAGUCAAGAAGAAGAGCUUUAAAGCGAUUUCUAAAUAUCAUGGCUCGACAUCCUGUCAUUGGUGAAGACAGGAUAUUUGUUUCAUUUUUGACUACCAAAGGAUCAGAUAUCGGAGUUAAGUUGAAAGAACAGUUCAAAGGAGUUCCCGACGAGUUCAUGACAAGUUCAACUGUCGGUAACAUCAAGGAUCUUGUGUCCAAGGAUGCGCAACAGCAUUUUAGCCAUGCAAGACUACAUUUGUUCAAAGUUCAUGAUUGUUGUUUUGUUAUCAAGGAGAUGAUGGACCGUCAAGGGACACGCACACUAAAUUAUGCAUCUGAUAUGCUCGACAUUGCUAAGCAACUAAAUACUUUAUGUAGUGAUAAAACAAAAACAUCAUCUUGGGCUUGUGGUAUGAGCACGUACUGGUCAAAGAUGAAAGAUGGAUUAAAAGACUUCUCUCUUCAAUUUGAAAAAGCAUCUGAGGUGGCAGCAAAACAGUAUUUGCGUGAUGGCGAAGGUGCAGCUGAACAUUUGGCUUACUUUCUAGAAGUGACUUCUGCUUAUAAGGAGCUGUGUAAAAGACUAGAGAGUGGAGUUUUAAAGGACCAUCAACAUGCUUUACAGAAAAUGCAACAAAUCAAAAAACGUCAAAUACAUGCUCAAGCCAGAGGUCAGGAGUAUUCCGCUAUUGAUGAACUUGAAUCAAAAAUUAUACAACAAGAGAAUGAAAUAUUGAAUAUGGAGACUCGUAAUUUAUUUUCCCUACAUUGUACUCAAUUGGAAACUCAACUAGUUCAUGCCAAUCUAAAUAUUCUACACAUUGCUUUGAAAAGUUGGGUAAUAAUGCAAGUAGCCGAACACGAACAGCUGGCGAGUGUUUGGCAAGCCAUGUUGCCUUCCACAGAGAAUUUAUCCGAUACUGAUGAACCUGCGUCGCCUCCCGCUUCUCCUGUAUACUUUUAAAUUUUAUUAUUCAUAUUUUAUGAAUGCUAAUAUUUUGAGAUCCAAAUUAAAUCAUAUCAUAAAAAUAGCCACAAAAGGCAACGCUGAAUUUUAAAAAACGGAGUCCGCGUCGUGCUGGCGUGAAAUUUUGUUUUUUUCUUCUCUACGUUUGCUGGUUUGCCCUGUUGGUUUUUUUCACAAAAAAAAAUCCUUUUUCAUUGAUGAAAAAGAUGUAUGCUGGCUUUUCAUUUCCAGUGAUUUCUGCCAAAUACGUCUUUCAAAGUGUAAAUACAAAAAUGGAAAUAUGAAAGUGAAAUAAUAUGCUAUUUCCGUUUUCAAACAAAACUUUCGCGGUUCAUUUCUUGCUGUAACAGAAAGACAAAGCCAAGGAAGAACAAUGCUUCGCUCGAGUUGUAUAGUCUAAAAUUAUGUAUUUUAUAACAUGAGUGUUUUGAAAUUUGUAUGUAGAGUAUGGAAUUACAAACGUCUUAACUAUUUUUUCAAACUAAGUAAUGCCAAAAAAAAUUAAUGUAUUUAUUAUGACAGGAAAAACCCAGUAAAACAAAUACGAACACCCUA